AUGUAUGAUGGAAGGUAUUCCAUCAUCUCUCAUCUUAACAACAUAUCUGCAGGAAAGGAUGUAUUAAAGUCAUUUUCGGAGGAAGUUAUUCGAAAGUUCCCAGAAGUUGAUGCGGUGGUGUUCGCCGCUGGAGUCCAGCGCGCCACUAACUUUAAGAAACCCGAAUGCACUGAUCUUGACGAGCUGUUCCAGGAAUGUAACGUUAACUACCUCGCUAUCCUGGCCUUGAUUCAUUUCUUCCUGCCCCAUUUCCUCAAACUCAGCGCAGGAGGCCACCCAACUUUCCUCAUCCCGAUUACCUCCGGACUCGCUAUGGUGCCAAAGGCAGAAGUGUCUAACUAUUGUGCGACGAAAGCCGCUUUGCACAGCCUAAGCAUUUCAUUGUCUAAUAGCCUGACUGGAACAAAUGUGCAUGUCAUGGAAAUUCUUCCUCCACUUGUAGAAUCUGAACUUCACGAUCAACAAGGCACAACCGAGGCCCUUUCCAAACAUUGGAUGCCUCUAGACGAGUUCACGAAGUAUGCCAUGGAAGGCAUGCAACGCGGCGACUUCAAUAUUGUCGUCCCGUCGAUGAAGGGAAUCUGGGAGAAACUUGAAGCGGAGAGAAUUGCCAUGACCGGGAAAGUGGGAUUCACUAAGGAUAAAUGA